GUGCCAAGCGAGCGUUGCAUGCCGACUGUUGCAUGACUUACACUGUCAGUGCCAUCGGCCCUUCAGCCAUCUGCACUGAAGUCGAUCCAGGAGACACAACCUUCAAUGCGCAUCUGAUCCAAACCCGCCGGGACUCGAGCCGCUGCCGCUCCGAUCGCCUCGUCUGCAGUGGCCUCUGCUGGCCGUUUGGCGAGAAAGAAAAAAGAAAAGAGCUCCUCUCUCCUCAACUGUGUGCUGUGAUUGAGCAGUGACGGGAAAGAAGCGGGUCGAUAAGUGGAUCAGAUUUAUUAGCGGUCCAGAUUGGCCACGGCGCGGCGGCUCCUCGGGUCCGCGCGCCGCGCGUUUCAUUUAGCGCAGUGGAUCGACAGACGGCGCGUCCACAAGUGCGGCACAAUUUCAAGUGAAAGCAAACCGCCAGGAUGGACUUUGUCCCACUUGCCGCGUCUUUCCACAUUCUUCUGUGUGCCGCGUGGGCCCGUCACUCCUACAUGGACAGCAUCCCCCCGGCCCGCUCAGCUCUCAGGUUUCUGGCCGAGCCGUUGACAUUUGACCCCUGCUGCCUCGCGUCUCCGCCUCCGCCGCCGUUCUUCCCUCCACCACCUCAGCUGUGGAAGCGCGGCAGCCCCGACGGUAUUGGCGUGUUAGAGCCGAGUGUUUUUGGAGGAGGGGUGCAGGAAAAACUGAAACCUGUGAUGCCUGGAUGUUCACCCGGACCUCCAGGACAACCAGGACCCCGAGGUCCAGAGGGUCGGGGUGGAUUCCCGGGCAUAAGAGGACCAAAAGGGGAGAAGGGAGAAAUUGGACGUCCGGGGUCAAAGGGCCGUACGGGGGCUCCAGGCCUCCCAGGGAAACCAGGACUACCCGGAUGGUCUGGACCAGAGGGACCCGAGGGUGAGAAAGGGGAUCCAGGUCUGAUGGGAUUACCAGGACUGAGGGGUCCACCAGGGACAAAGGGUUUGCCCGGUUACAAAGGAGAGAAGGGCGGUUACGGUGAUGCUGGAGCAGCAGGACCGAAAGGCGAUAAGGGAUCCGUUGGUUUGCCUGGGAUGCUUGGACAGAAGGGGGAACAGGGGCCGAAGGGAGAGCCGGGACUCACAGGAAGGAGAGGACCGACUGGACGGCCGGGGAAGAGAGGCAAACAGGGCACAAAGGGCCACGGUGGAGGCCCCGGAGUCAUGGGCCCCCAAGGACCCCCAGGCCCAAACGGCCAUCCGGGACCACCAGGUCCACCUGCUCCGGGCCUCUAUCUAGUUGGGGAAAAGGGGGAGAAGGGUCCCGUUGGUCCACCGGGUCGCUGUGACUGUGAUUCCACUCUGGGAGCAAAUAAUGCUCCUUUUGGAAGCUACACGCAGCGAGGUGGCCUCGAUAAAGUCCCGGCGAUAUUUGUGGUGAACAGUGAGGAGGAGAUGGAGCGUCUACGUCUGGACAACGCAAUCGCUUUCAGGAAGGAUCAGAGGGUGCUCUACUUCAAAGAUAAAGAUGGAUGGAGGCCCAUACAGCCCUUCCAGCCGUUCCAGUCCACAGAGAAAGUCCCGGACAGAGUUGGUGUGUGUGGCGACGGAACGGUGCAGGCCCAACACGGAGAGGAGUGUGAUGACGGAAACCAGAUCGUCACUGACACUUGUCUCGACUGCAAGUGGGCCUACUGUGGAGACGGCUACCGACACGAUGGCAUUGAGGAGUGUGAUGGAAAGGACUUUGGUUAUCAGACGUGCAGGUCCUAUCUCCCCGGGUCCUUUGGGCAGCUCAGAUGCACCGACUCUUGCCUCAUCGAUUCCACUGGUUGCAAGUAUUUCACCUGAACUGGAAAAAUGAAGAAAAAAAAAAAAGAUUCCGUCAGAUUGCAACUUUGCAAAUUCUCUCUCUGAUCCUGGGUGUAUACUUUGGAUCUGUACUGAAGUCUCAACUCUUAAAAAAUAACUAAAAAGAGCAGAGGCAGCGCUUUUGUACCCGCUCUGAGCCAUGUGGAGUCAUGGGAGCGGUCCUUGAAUUAUUUUACUGGCCUCGCUGAGCGGCUCCCCGUUGAUGUCACUCCAUCCACGGCAGCACUGUUAUGGACACUGGAGUUGGUGGGGAACGUUUGAAUGAUUGCAUCAUAGGAAAUAGUUGCAAUGUGUAUGACUUACUGACUGUUAAUGCAGAAACACGGUGUAUUCCGUACCUCUUGUAGUGAGAGAGACAAAAAAACAACCCAUUGCAAAAGAGGGCAAAUAUAUAAUUGUUACUAUAUUUAUGUACAUAUAUAUAUAUAUAUAUAUAUAUAUACUGUAGUAUGUAAAUCAGGGAUGUAUUUAUGUUUUUGAUCCUGUGUAUGUAGUAUACAGUAUGUAUUUAUAAGGUGCCAUGCUGUGAUAUCGCAUGUAAACGUGUACUCGUGCACAGUGAACUGCUUUAACCAGUAUUGUAGAAGUGUGCCACCUCUGGGGUGAAUGUUCAAAUACCCGACAGUCACACAGCAAAAACAGCAAGAACAAUACCUCCGAGAGUCGCCGCAGCAUGAAGACAAAAACUGCUCGGAUGCACCAGAAUGACGUCACAGCGGAUUCAGUAGAGCGAUUCGUGUACAAUCUGCCUGCAUGACUGUAAAGUUCAUAAAUCCCUGAGCGCUAAUAAAGAUUGGGCCGUUCAAAGUG